GGCUGUGGGGGCUACACCCGGAAGUCUCUUAGGCAAUAGGGAGCCGCACCGCCGGAAGCUUCGCUACUAUGGGCCGAAACAAGAAGAAAAAACGAGAUGGUAACGACCGGCCCCGGCUCGUCCUCAGCUUCGAUGAAGAGAAGAGGCGGGAGUACCUGACCGGCUUCCACAAGCGGAAGGUGGAGCGGAAGAAGGCGGCCAUCAAGGAGAUUAAGCAGCGGCUGAAGGAGGAGCAGAAGAAGCUCCGGGAGGAGCGCCACCAGGAGUACUUGAAGAUGCUGGCAGAGAGAGAGGAGGCGCUGGAGGAAGCAGAUGAGCUGGACCGGCUGGUGACGGCCAAGACCGAGUCAGUACAGUACGACCACCCCAACCACACGGUCACUGUGACCACCAUCAGCGACCUGGACCUCUCAGGGGCCCGGCUGCUUGGAUUGCCACAGCCUGAGCAAGGCGCCGAGGACCAGUCCAAGGAGGAGGAGGCGUCCGUGGAGAAGUCCACCAAGGCCUUACCCAGGAAAUCCAAAGAGCCCCUGCUGUCUCAGCGGAUCUCCAACCUCACGGCAUCCCUGCACGCGCACAGCCGCAAAAAGGUGAAGAGGAAGUGUCCUCGGCGGGCCCACGACUCCACCAAGAAGCCCCCGAGCACCACCCGCACCAGCAAGACCCAGCGCCGCCGACUGACAGGCCGGGCGCACCACAGCGGGGAGUGAGCCCGGAGGCCCAGGGCUGCCGCAGCGUGGCUGUGCUGUAACCCAGCCACAUGAGGUGGUGACCCCAUGGCCUAGGCUCGGGAACCCAGGACCUCUUGGUCCUAGACUGUUGCCAUCUGUGCCCAGGGCCACCUGGGUGCGAACCCCUGAAGGGGAGGGCCCCAGAGAAGCCAGCAGAAUCAGCUUGGUGUCUCCCCUAGUGAACCCCGCCAGGGAUGCAUCGCAUAUGCGUGCAUGUGGUUUGUUUGUCCUUCCCUUGACACCACGUACCACAGGGAGGCUCUGGGUGGUAGAAAUGUCAGGGCUGAGGGUCCCUCCACCUCCAGCAGUGUCCCUGAGGGGACAGGGAGGUCGUGUAGGGACCCAGAGUUCACCUGCUCCCUGGAGAGCCGGCAGCUGGGCACGGCAGGCACAGAACACACAACCUCUGGGCCUGGCCUCGCAGCUCUGGCCCUUCUGCCCCUGCCACCUCCCUGUCCUCUCCUCAGUGUCAGCAAGAUGACACGAGAGGCUGAGGUGAGACCCCGUGUGGCAGCCACCUCCUACAGCGCUGGGACCUCUGGCCACACCCCUCCCUGACUCUCCAGUGUCACUUAACGGACGUUGGGGCUGUCGUGUUAAUAAAUCUCAUCCACUCCUCCUA